GGACAGUUGGGCAACCUGGGUUAUUAGGCUUGUGUAUCUUUGGCAGAAUAUAAAAUGGCAGCAUUUUGGGUAUUGGAUAAUUAAAUCAACGGCAUUUGGAUGAAGAUCGUUUUGGGCAAAUAAGAUUUUAAUUGCUUUAAUUGAUAGUCUGUUAGAAUGAUGGGGUAGGAUCAUCAUGGACUUAAGUGUAGAAAGUUUUAAUCCUUCUUCAAUGUAUAAUUUACGUUUCCAAACGACGACAACACCUUUCAAUAAGUUUCAUGACGUAUGGUUUAAUCACAUUGUUUUGCGUUUCUAUAAGUAUAAUGAUGGUAAACUUUAAGUAUAUUUUUCUUCUUUGGAUAAGUUUUUCUUUCUGUAGAUUUUUUCGAAGUAGAGAGAAUUAAUGUCAGAUCUGUACGUGCUGAUAAAAGCAUCAAGUAAGGAAAUCUUUGCUUGUUCCAGGAUGCAGUGAUUUUAUUAUUAUUAUUGUGUUCAAGCUGUUGGAUAAUGUGUAUUAGCACUUGGCAGUGUUGCACUUCGUCGUUAUCACAUAGGUCAGGGUUGGAUUGUUUUUCACGUUGUGAAGAUUAGAUUAAUUGGGCUGUAUCACUGUCUUGAUACGUGUCUGUAUUACUACUAGUUGAUGAGAAAGCCUUCGAUAACGGCUUUAACAGUAUAUUAUUAUUAAUCAGGUUUGAGAUUGAAUCUGGAUGGUAGCGUCAAUACGUUAAACGAUUUAAUAUUAUAUUAUAGGCCCUAGCUUUCACUGAUUAUCCAUUAGACUUAUAACUAAGUUAAUUUAUACUUGAAGUUAUAGUUAAGAAUGGAAGUAUGUUCAGCUGAUCCAAGUUUAGCAGAAACGUUCGAUGUUUACUAUUAUAACCACUUCAGUCUCCCAAGUUUUGCAUUAAGAUUUUUGGAAAGCAAAGUAUCCAAUUUUGAGGCCAAAGAAGAUGAUAUAUACUUGGUAUCGUACCCCAAAACAGGUACAACUUGGGCACAGGAGCUUGUUUACAUUAUCAAUUCAGACCUUAACUUCUCUGCUGCUAAAUCAACCCCACUUAACGAACGAUUUCCCUAUCUAGAAAUGCUUGACCUUGAAGAUACUAGAGUAGAAAAUAUGCCAUCUCCAAGAUAUAUUAAAACUCAUUUUCCAUAUUCACUUUUGCCUUCAAGUAUCUUGGAGAAGAAGUGUAAGUUAGUUUAUAUUACACGUAACCCAAAAGAUGUUGUGGUUUCUUACUAUCAUUUUGCUCGAAUGUUGAGAAAAACUGCUUAUAAAGGGACCUUUGCCCAAUUUUUUGAAAGGUUUUUACAGAAUCGUCCUACAUAUAGUCCCUUCUGGAAACAUAACUUGGAGUUCUGGGAACAUCAUAAUGACCCAAAUGUCCUUUUUCUUCAUUAUGAAGAUCUCUACACGGAUCCUAGAGCAGGAGUGAAAGAAAUUGCCAGUUUUUUUGGAAAAAUUCUGUCAGAGGAAGAAAUUGAGAAAGUUAUAGACCAUUGUUCCUUCAAUAACAUGUCCAAGAACCCUUCUACCAGCCAGAUAGAUCAAGAAAAUAGUGCUGAGAGAAUUGUAGGAGAGUCAAAAUUCUUUCGAAAAGGAAAAGUUGGUGAUUGGAAGAGCUACUUUACAGAAGAAAUGGACCAGAGAAUGAAUCAGUGGAUUGAGAACCAUUUUAGAAAAAGUGGACUCACAUUCACGUAUUCCUUAGAUUGAUUAGUUUACAUUAAAGAAGGAGAGUGUAAACUGAUCUUUAGUAUUCACUGUUCAGUUUGUAAUCUGGGUGGAUUUAUUAUUUGUGAAUAAAAGAAAUAUGAAGGCCAGUGAUAUCGUGACCUACUGCAAUUCAUGAGUUGUUUUAUAUAUAUUGCAAUUUGAUUUUAAUGGAUAUUUUUAUAUAAUGUUUUAUAUGAUUGUAUACAAUAAAUUUUUAAGUCGUUUAAACUGCUAGGUAUAAGUUACCUUUGGGUGUAACUGUUUCUAUAGAUAUAUAGCAAAUCCCCACAAUGCAUCAUACUUGAACAAAUUGUAAUUUGUUUAUAUAGCUUAUUGAUAUUGUUAUUUUGAACUGAUACUUUAUUUAAAAGAUACAAAAGCAAACCAGAUUUAUAUUGAUGUUUUGUGUGUAAACUAAGAACAAUAAAUUUGUAACUGGUAUAUUUUCA